AUGAUAGCAUAAACAUUGCAAUAAUCAACUUAUUGCCCAUUAUGACCUUUGUUUACUUUCGCUUUGUGAAGCAAAUAUUUGAAAUUCUUCCAAACAAGUUAACCUGUGAUUGGGAUCCAUACCCUGUGUCCAACAGUGGAAGUUUCAGUAUAACAGGAAUGUAAAUAAACAAACAAAUGACUAUAUUGUACAUAAGACGGUGGAUAUCAAAUUUUAAUUUAUAGAGGAAUUAUGAUUUUGGUGAGGUAUGGGGUCCGUGAUCAAGCCAAUUCGUCAUACAAAAUCAUCAGCUCUUCGAGCUGCGUUAACAAGUGAGAAAAUCCGUAAGCGUAACGAAAGACAGCAACCGCCAAGAAAUGGACUGUCCGCCAACAGUUCAAGUCGCAACAAGAUGCAGUCACAGGUCCGGCCAGAGACGCGACAGCGGUCGAGUGCCAACCUUGAGUUCUACAGCAACAAGAUCCAGUCCAGACCUGCUCCAGGUUACACAAUAGAAGAGAUGUUAAAAUGGAAGGGCAAUUACGAUAUGCUGGAGAGGAACCAUCGCUACAUUCAGUGGCUCUUCCCCAUCCCUGACGGGCGAGGUAUGAACCAUCUAGCCCAGCCCCUGCAGGCACACGAGGCAGAGGCUAUACGUAAUGACGACCGACUGAGUAGGCGUGUGUUGAAGGCGUACAAGAUGAUGCUGCACUUCUAUGGCAUGGAGCUGGCCUCCGAGUUGGACGGGUCCGUCCGCCGCUGUGCCGAGAACUGGCGCCACAGAUACAGGCACCUCAACAAGUCAAAGCACAACUACCUGCGCAUUACCAGGAUCAUCAAAGCUCUGGGGGAACUCGGCCUCGACCGCUACCAGGUGCCAUGGGUCCGCUUCAUCAUCGAGGAAGCGAUUGACCACGAUGAACUACCGGCGCUCAGGGGCAGCAUCUAUUACUGGAUUUACGCCAUAAAGGACCCGCACGAGGUUGAUUUUAUAAGGGACUCUGUGAAACGCGUCCUUCCGGAACCCUUCUGAAUAUAUAAUUAUGAAGGCUUUUCUGAAGAGGAGGAUGAGCCUGAGAAAGAUUUCCAAGAAUAUUUAGAGCAAGAUGCGGCGGGAUAUUUAAAUGAGGGUGCGAAGAGUGAAGUUACUGAAAAUGACAUUAUUAAAACAUUAAAUGAGACCAGCAUUACAGGCAAACAUGGAACUGGUAACCCUAACACACAUUUUUACCGUGAGAAACUAACUAAGCGUAAUUAAAGAAUCUCCCAAUUAAAAACACAAAUCUAAAUGGGCAAGGGAUAUGUCCAACUGUCUGCUUUACAGCAUACUGAACGAUAAAAAUCUCCUAUGAUUUUGCGUUCGAUUAGCAAGAAACUUUUGCCCGGUUAAGUUGAUUAUUAUAUUUUACACAUUUCUGAUUUGCCAGAAAAAAAAAACACACGCUGAUGUCAGGAUAUGCUGUUUGUAAAUACAUAGUUUUUUAUUUAAAACAAUUGAAUAGUUCAUAAACUCAACAUGGUAUUCAUGACCAUAUGCCUUUGCCACCCAUGAACAUACGGACAGGCACCCAUCUUGGCUGGCUAAAUUGAUAUUAACGCUCAAGGAAGUGCACUCGAAAAUGAAGUCUGUGAAUUAGAAACCAAGCUCGUUUAUGCUGUUACAAGGCAGGAUCGUCUUAAACAAUACAGCCGACGAAACUGCCUGCGACUGGACGGAGUCAGAGGCCGACGGCGAAAGUACCGGCAAGCUAGUGACGGAAAUAUCCACUGCUAUUGGGUCUGGUCAGUCCCUAGACGAAACUGAUCGCCGCCAUUGGCUUGGCAGACCUCCGCAAAAAGUAGCGUCGUUCAGCGAUGUUGUUACUGGCACUGUCGCUGAUAACAAUGGAGCCCGGAAUUUGCGCACCAACCACGCGGCAUAAUUAUCAAGUGUAUUAGUUACACAUGUAAAUCAAAACUUAACACUGGUUACACGGAUGUUUAAUAGAGAUCUAACUAAACCACGUUGUGCACAACUGUUGUGACAUUGCUUGCUUUACUGACGUGCGCGCAUUUCUAAUUUAGUUUUUUGUCAUGUUUAAUUUAUAAAUGAAUAGUGUAUAUGCAGGUGCGUAGCUGACUGUACGCAAAUACGCAGUUGUGUAAUGAUAUUUUGACAGGUCGAUGUUUAUGUCACACCGAACACCGCGAAUUUUAAAUAUAAACCGAAGGGGGGGGGGGGUGAAUGAGUUGAUUUGCUGUUCGUCAAUGAACUAAUUUCAAUGUGCGUCAUCCCAAGUUGGCCCUAGUUACGCGCCUGAUAUACCUACAACACGGGCAUGUCUUGCCAUAUUUAUUUACCUUUUUUUUAAUUACAUUGUGCAACUUCAGCUGUUUAAAUGCUUAAAUACAGUUUGCGUUAGAGAGGAUAUUUGUUUGGUUCAGAAUAAGAUCGUGAUAUAUUUCACCGAAUGAGAACCAAACGCUAUAUUUCGCGUUAUAUGGUUUAGCCAUGAUUGAAAUAAUUAUAUACGUUUGGUGUUCACGAAGUGAAAUGUAUUGCAAUCUUACACGUACAGCUAAAUAAAGGUAACAGGUGGCACUCUGUGUACGAUCAAGCCUGUUUUUAAUCUCAUGAUAUUUAUUUUACGAUAUCUGUGUAUCGAUAGAUAGAUAAUUAUCGCGAAAAUUAAGCUAUUAACAGUUAAACACGAAGCAAUUCGUGAACGUUAACAGGUUAUCUUAUGGCAGUGAUAUGCCACCAUAAAAAAAACAAAAUAGUUCUAGUCGCUCAAUCAUCCUGCUCUCAUGGUCUCCAACCUUUUACUCUAUUCUCAUACAUUAUACUUCAUGUAGUUUCUCCAUUCUUUAACGUAUCAAUGUGUUGUUUUUUUCAUUUUAUAUUUCUAUAAUUGUUAUUUUUAAUAAUUGUCUAUCCGGCGAAGAGCCAGAAUGUGUCCAAAUCUUGCAAUUCAAGUUGGAAAGGGCUCUCAUAAGUUGUUUAUCUUCUUUCAGCCCUGAUUAUUUUGUAUACUAUUGCAUAUGAAUGUUCUCUGAAAAUGAAAUAUGUUUAAACCAAAUCAAUAUAAAUAAGAAUAAAUUUAAAGUACUAUAAACACCGUGAAUGUA